GUCAGUUCAGACACUGUUUGCCCAUGGUGUUUUGUUGGCAAAAGAAAUCUGGAUAAAGCUAUAACUUCAUCAAAGGAUAGAUUUGAUUUUGAGAUUAGAUGGCAUCCAUCCUUAAUCCUUCUGCCCCAAAAGGAGUUAACAAGGCAGAAUUUUACAGAAGGAAGUUUGGAUCUCAGGCUGAACAAAUUAAAGCUUGGAUGGCGGAGGGGGAAUACUUUGGACAGUCACUGGCUCAUAGCAUUUGCCACCUGAUAAGCAGCGUACUCUUGUGGAGGAAUUGGGUUUGGGCUACUUCACACGGGAAAGUAUAUAGGAGACCGAUAUGCCAUGAUGGAGAUGGCAUUGGACUCUCCUGAUCUACCUAUGGAAUGCUCUCUGAUCUCCAUUUAAAAAGAUGUAGGUGAAGGCUGCAUGACCACAUUCUUUCGUUUAUUCUGUUGCACUCACUGUUUUCUCCGAAGCAAUAUUGACCCUAUCGGGCCAAGUAUGGGAGCUAUCAAAAUUGAUACUUGGAUACUUAUUUGAAUAGAUGUUUCUUUUUUCUUGGAUGCUUAUUUGAAUGAAUGUUUAUUUUUUCAUUUCUACUUUUUACUGCAAUGAUACUUGGAACACUUUAGGUUUCAGCAGGUGUCAACUGAAAUUCUUAUUAAAAAAAAAAAUUUAAACACCUAAGCCGGCGGUCAAACAAACGGCCACUUUUGGUAAAGCAUUACACUUAAACCGGCGGUUUAUAAAAAGUCUACGCCGGCUGUUCAAACCGCCACCUUUGACGAAAUAAAACAUUAAUGGCAGCGGUUUAAUUACAUGAAAUUUUAGUCUAAGCUGGCGGUUGAAACUGUCGAAUUUGAUUACAAAAUUUAGCUAAACCGGGGUUUAUGGAAGUGACAAAUUAAUCUAAGCCGACGCCCUUAAAACUGCCAGCAAAUGUAUGGUCGGACGGGUCCCUAGGCCGGCGGCCUUUGUAUUCUAGACCGGUGCCCAUAACCUAGGGCGACGCAACUAUAGACAGCAAGCACUGAACCGCCAGCUGAUAUCUAUGUCGGCGGUUUAGAAAAGCUAGCCGGCGGUUUAGCAAAGGCCGGCUUAGCCAUUUUUUUUCUUGUAGUGAAAAUAGGAGAAGAAAAUGGGUUUCCCUCCCAUCCAUCAACCGGAGAUGAAGAAUCUCUGCCCUAAAAACAAAAGUAAAGUGUAUCCUUCCCCCUCGUCCUCUCUUCCUUAUUAUUGCUCAACAAGAGAUGCCCUAUCCGUGUUAAAGCUCCUCCCAGCUGCGAUUCUUGCCCUGGCCUCCGUUCUUUCCCAGAGGACCAUGAAGACGAUCAAUCCACCUUCGAUGGUCGAAGAAAAGAAGAAGUGCAAGAAGCCCAACAACGGUGGUAGUAUUGUUCAUAAGCCUCCCAUGCUCGACUACGGGUGCUUCGACUGCUACAUGAGCUACUGGUUCAGGUGGAAUUCGUCACCCAACAUGGAGCUCAUACAUCAAGCCAUUGAGGCAUUCGAAGAGCAUCUGACCAACAGUGCGAGAACUCAAAGAAGAAUGGCAGAAACAAGAAGAAAGACAAGAUGGUCGUUGUCUCGUCAUCGAGAAACCGUAAGCGGAGACAAUGGUGCCAGAGAAAGAGCUCGAAGUGUGGGAAACUAUAUUAACAGAGCUGGAGACAAGCUGUCUAACCGUUAGCACGCUUUUUGACGUCCGCAUAAUUUGUAGAUCGCGUGACGUCUGCGUGUAAACCAGACGCCACCCGGAUUAUCAUUGGUUGAGCUGAGUAGUCGAACUGGUCCGACCAACGAUUCAUCCGACAAAGCAGCCUGGACCUCAAGCCAAAUCCACU